GACCCUGCCUCAUCCAGGACCCGGAUGAAGCCCCAGGCAGCCCUCUGAGCCCUCAGCACCAGCCACACCAGCGGGAGGAGCAGGAGCGACUCCAAAACCAGCACCAACCAGCAGCACCAUGCCCAUGACGCUGGGUUACUGGGACAUCCGCGGGCUGGCUCACACCGUCCGCCUGCUCCUGGAAUACACGGACACCAGCUAUGAGGAAAAGAUAUACUCCAUGGGGGACGCUCCCGACUAUGACCGAAGCCAGUGGCUGAGUGAGAAAUUCAAGCUGGGCCUGGACUUCCCCAACCUGCCCUACCUGAUUGACGGCACUCACAAGAUCACCCAGAGCAAUGCCAUCCUGCGCUACCUUGGCCGCAAGCACAACCUGUGUGGGGAGACGGAAGAGGAGAAGAUUCGCGUGGACAUUUUGGAGAAUCAGGCUAUGGACAACCGCUGGCAACUUGGCAGUAUCUGCUACAGCCCUGACUUUGAGAAGCUGAAGCCUGACUACCUGAAGGGCCUCCCAGACAAGCUGAUGCUGUACUCCCAGUUCCUGGGGAAGCGGCCCUGGUUUGCAGGGGACAAGAUCACCAUUGCCGAUUUCCACGCUUAUGAUGUCUUGGAUGGGAACUGUAUAUUCGCUCCUGGUUGCCUGGAUGCGUUCCCAAACCUGAAGGAUUUCAUGGCUCGAUUUGAGGGCCUGCCGAAGAUCGCUGCCUACAUGAAGUCCAGCCACUUCCUCCGAGUGCCUAUGUAUUUAAAGCUGGCCUCCUGGACAGGAAAAUAAGGCUCUGUGAUGAGGUGGGAGGGUUGUCGGGAGCUCAGCCCUGCCUCAGCCUUCUCAGUUCUCUCCC